CACUCGGUCAGUCAUCCAGCAGGCCAUCGCCGGGGCCGCUCGGAAGGGACUGAUCCGGCGGGGCCGACGCCCUUCGACUCCUUGUUCCCCCAGCUGGUCCCCGGAGUACCUAGCUCACGAGCCUACCCGAGUGGACUAACCCCACAACAUACCCCGUCACAUGGCGGACAGCAGGCUCUACUCCUACCGGACCCAAACUGGUCUGCCGGCUUCCCACUAGACAGAUCCAGUCCAUACCCAUCCCCAUUCCCAGGCCCCUCCCAGACCGCGCCUUCUCCGGCUACCUCCGAGGCCUGUUUCUCACAAUACUCGUCUCGUCCUCGCUCUUACUCUCAUUCAUCAUUCGAAUCUGAAGAUACCGCUGGCUCGAUCCCUAACCAAUCCUUCCUUCCACUCGAGUAUCGUUCUAAAACUACCGCGGCCACUAAGGCGGCUGCUAUCAGGCGUAGGAAGGUCGGCGUCGCGGCUAGAUAUAUCUGUGAGAUGUGCGGCGAAUCUUUCACCAGACGUUACAACCUCAGAGGUCAUCAACGGGCUCAUAAAGGAGAGAAACCAUUCGCAUGUGGAUAUCCAGGAUGCACCUCUCGAUUCGCUCGAGCGCAUGAUCAAAAAAGACAUUACAAGUUACAUCUGGGCGUCAAGGAUUACAGCUGUCCUGUGUGUCGAAAGACGUUCAUUCGACUUGACGCGUUGCAAAGACAUCAUAAAUCAGACGCAGGCCAAGCAUGUUUCCAAGAACUACAACAAAUGUCCUCGACGUCCGGCUCGGCAGUUGGAGGAGUCGGCGGGACCGAUGGCGGUUCGAAUAUCGCACUUGGUGCGGGAACGUCGUCGUCAUCUUCAACGGCGACGGCGACGACGAGCGCAGGAGUCGAGGAGGAGUUCGAGACCUCUGCAAGCUCCUUCGACUCCCUCAUCCCCUCGUCUACUUGUCUCGAACAGGACGAUCCGCCUGCUAGUGCUUCCUACAAUGACCCCUUCGCCUUCCAUCAGGUCCAUCAUCCGCAUCAUCAGCAACAGCAACACCUUCUUCCUCAACAACAACAGCAGCAACAUCAACAUCAACAUGCUCUUGAUCAUCAGCUUGAUCAUCAACUCGACCAUUCCCUUGAUCAUCAACAACAACAAUUCCAACUCAAUUAGCAAAUCAAUGAUCAUCACCACCAACAGCAAAAGUAAGACAAAAAAAAAAGAGAUCAGUCAAACUAGGUUGUCACUUCGAUGCCCAUGACUGAGUUGUCCUUGUACCAUCUCUCUACUGCUCUAUUCUUCUUUUUCUUCUUGUUCUAUUCGACUCAAAAGGACCGGAUCGGACUCGUUUUAUAUUGAACUGCUCUGUCCUUUUAUGCCCUGUUAGUGGGCUUGCUCGAUUUAUACCUUAUAUGACACCUCAUUUUAUAUAUGCUCUGCUUCCGCUUUAGCUUUAUCUGCCCCUCGUUGGCUUGUGUGUAUAUGUAUACCUUUUCAUUAUAUACCGUCGUCUGUGAAUAAAUGCGUGUGUGUAUGAUGAUGGUGGUGUGCUCGAUCUGAUUCCAUCUUUCUCGUUUUUCUUUUUUUUUGCUUCUUCUUAGCUCCUGGGU